CAUAAAAAAAAAUGAGUGAACAAAAGCAACGGGGAGAAAUAUAUUAAUGCCACUUUAGCCAUUUCAUUAUUUUUCUCCUCUCUUCAUUCCACUUGCAGCUGUGUGAUUUAUGAUAUAGAAUUGGAUGAGGAAAAUACUGUUGUUGGGGAAACAUUGAUUGUUUUAUGGGCAAUACAUGUCGUGGAUCUUUCAAGGGGAAUUAUUUUCGGGGCUACAACACCACCACUUGUUCCACCUCUGAUUUUACCGCUUCUCAACAGCUUAUUUCCCAGGAAUUCUCUGAAGAAACAACGAAAAACGAUACCCUUUUGGCUCCCAUCAGCCCCACCAAGAAAUCCGACGCCAUGGGACGAGGCAUCGUUCACCAGGCUUCUUAUGUUUUGGGUCACAAGACUCCUAAUAUCAGUGACCUUUACACUCUAGGCCAAAAACUAGGACAGGGACAGUUUGGGAUCACUUGCUUAUGUACCGAGAUUUCCACCGGCAUCGACUAUGCUUGUAAGUCGAUACCGAAAAGAAAGUUGAUUUGCAAGGAAGAUGUGGAGGAUGUGAGGAGGGAGAUUCAGAUAAUGCACCAUUUGGCGGGUCACAAGAACAUCGUGACGAUUAAAGGCGCUUACGAGGAUCCUUUGUAUGUGCAUAUUGUGAUGGAGCUUUGCUCUGGAGGUGAACUGUUCGAUCGUAUUAUCCAGAGAGGGCAUUACACUGAGAGGAAGGCAGCUGAGUUGACUAAAAUCAUUGUUGGUGUUGUUGAGGCUUGCCAUUCGCUUGGUGUCAUGCAUAGAGAUUUGAAGCCUGAGAAUUUCUUGUUAGUUAACAAGGAUGAUGAUUUCUCGCUCAAGGCCAUUGAUUUUGGGCUAUCGGUUUUCUUUAAACCCGGUGAAGUCUUUACCGAUGUUGUUGGAAGCCCAUAUUACGUCGCUCCUGAAGUUCUCCGUAAACAAUACGGACCAGAAGCAGACGUAUGGACUGCUGGAGUUAUACUCUAUAUAUUGCUUAGUGGUGUACCACCAUUUUGGGCAGAAACACAACAGGGAAUAUUUGAUGCUGUGUUAAAAGGAUAUAUCGACUUCGACUCAGAUCCAUGGCCCCUAAUAUCGGAUAGCGCGAAGGAUCUAAUCCAGAAGAUGUUAUGCUCUCGGCCUUCAGAGCGGCUGACUGCUCAUGAAGUAUUAUGUCAUCCUUGGAUUUGUGAAAAUGGGGUUGCCCCGGAUAGGGCACUGGAUCCGGCUGUGCUUUCUCGUCUCAAACAGUUCUCGGCAAUGAAUAAAUUAAAGAAGAUGGCUUUACGGGUAAUAGCUGAAAGCCUCUCCGAAGAGGAGAUUGCUGGUUUGCGAGAAAUGUUUAUAGCUAUGGAUACCGAUAACAGCGGUGCAAUCACAUUUGAUGAACUCAAGGCUGGUUUCCGGAGAUAUGGUUCCACCUUGAAGGAUACAGAGAUAAGGGACCUGAUGGAUGCAGCCGAUGUUGACAAUAGCGGGACCAUCGAUUACGGUGAAUUUAUAGCUGCAACCGUUCACCUUAAUAAACUAGAGCGGGAGGAACAUCUCGUUGCAGCAUUCCAGUACUUUGAUAAGGAUAAAAGUGGCUAUAUUACGGUUGAUGAGCUUCAGCAAGCUUGUGUUGAGCAUAACAUGACAGAUGUUUUACUCGAGGAUAUAAUCCGAGAAGUCGAUCAAAAUAAUGAUGGAAGAAUCGACUACGGUGAAUUCGUUGCCAUGAUGCAAAAAGGCAACGCAGGAAUCGGUAGACGAACCAUGAGAAACAGUCUGAAUAUGAGCAUGAGAGAUGUGUUGGGUGCUCAAUAAUUUAUGGCCAGGCACAUCAUUUACAGAUUGUACAGCAAUGGCAGAAGAGAGAAGAUCCAGGACUAAGCUUAAUCAGCUUUGGCUCCUCUGAUGAAA